AUGCAGCGUUGCCCCUACAUCCACGAGAUGAAGGAGCGGCUGCUUGGCGCACCAGCUGACGGAAUCGAACGUGACAAAGAUCAAUCCCGUGAUCAAGUGGAUCACGCCCCACCACCACCAGACACCCAGGUCGGCACCAUCGUCAAACUGAAUUCCGACGGGUACGGAUCACAUACUUCGCCGGCACGCGCUCCACUCGUCACUGACGAGUGUGAGGUGCCGGCGGAUGAAACUGAUGCCCUGACACCCACCGAGGCAAUACUACGGUAUAGAGCCUGCUGCCAGCCCAAUACAAAACCUAAAAAUGCCAAGUAA